AGAGGAUCCAGAGGACUUUCAAAGAGAACGCUUUUGCGAGAGGCUGAGGAAGAUCUACCGUGACACAGCAAUAUCAUAGGGAUUCUACUCCUUUCCCAACCCUGGAGAGACAAGGAAAAUUAACUAAAACAUUUUUAAUAACAAUAAUUUUCUUUACAAAAUGCUUUUCCCUUUAUUUCUGAACUGUCCUAAGGAGACCAAUUAAAAAGAAAUGGGGAGUGUUUAUGAAGAAAUUAAAAUGUCUUUUUUGUUUGUUUGUUUUGGGUUUUUUUGUUUGUUUUAAAAUGUCUUUAAAGGACUGAUGCUCCAGAAAUAUAUCAGCAGGCUCAGACAUGUCUGACAUAAUAAGAUUUCUAUUUUUGUUUGACUUGUGGAGCUCAGUUUGAACUAAAAAGUCAACUAUAGAUUAGCCCGGAGAAGACCUUUCUGCUCAUACGUUUGCUAGUCUGAUUACAAUUUUUCUUUUAUUAAAUUCAAAUUAGAUUUUUAAAUAUUAAUCCCUUGGACUAUCUAUAUGAUUACUUGGACACUUUAGAUGCUUGCCAAGUUUUUUCAUUUGUGGUGUGACAGACUGCAUCAGAUUGUGUCACACCGGAAAACAUUUAAGGAAGCAGAUAAAAGGAAACAAAAGAAAUCUCUUCAGAAACCCUGGAUGAGAUGGCAGAAGCUGCAGUGGGUACUUUACCUCUCCCUGGAACAAGGAAAAAGAAAAGUUUGUCUAUUGAAGAAAAGAUUGACAUCAUAAAUGCAGUAGAAAGUGGUAAGAAAAAAGCAGAGAUUGCAGCCAAAUAUGGAAUAAAGAAAAAUUCACUGUCUUCCAUUAUGAAGAAUAAAGACAAGGUUCUAGAAGCCUUUGAAUCUUUAAGAUUUGAUCCCAAAAGAAAAAGACUCAGAACUGCUUUUUACACAGAUCUGGAGGAAGCAUUAAUGAGGUGGUAUCGAAUUGCCCAGUGUCUAAAUGUACCAGUUAAUGGUCCAAUGUUGCGUCUUAAAGCUAAUGAUUUUGCUCAGAAACUGGGACACAGUGAUUUUAAGUGCAGUAAUGGUUGGCUAGACCGCUUUAAAUCAAGAUAUGGUUUAGUCUUCAGAUCUCAGCCAGUAGAACCUACAGCAUCAUCAGUAGAUGCUACUACUGUCUGGUCCCAAAAUGUGCUUGCAUAUUAUUUAACUGAUUAUCACCCCAAGGAUAUAUUUAACGUAAAGGAGACUGGAUUGCUCUAUCGAAUGUUACCUACUAACACUUUUGCAUUUAAGGGGGAAGCAUGCUCAAUUGGAAAACAAAGCAAAGAAAGGAUAACUCUUGUGGUUGGGGCCAAUAUGGAUGGUUCAGAAAAGCUGCCUUUGCUUGUUAUUGGGAAAAAUAAAAACCCACAUUGUUUUAACAAUGUAAAGUCACUUCCUGUACAUUAUGAAGCAAACAGAAUGGCAUGGUUGACCUUGGACAUCUUUGAGCUAUGGAUGCAAAAGCUUGAUGAAAAAUUCCAAGCCCAGAAACGGCGAGUUGUGGUUUUUCUUGAUUCUUUACCAGCACACGCGGAAAUAAAGAUUCUCAAGUCCACUCAACUAGUUUUUUUCCCUUCAUCUUUAUCUUCCAAAUUUGUAGCUAUGAAACAAGGCGUUAUUAAAAACCUUAAGGUCAAAUACCGAUUCUGUCUUGUCAAGAAAUUUCUAGAGACUGUUGAAAGCAGCAAAGACUUUACUUUCUCUCUGCUAGAUGCAGUUGAUAUGUUGCAUCUGUGUUGGAGGACUGUAACCCCAGAGACUAUUGUCAAGAGCUAUGAAAAGGCAGGAUUCAAAUCACAACAUGGAGAAAUUGGCAAGACAAAUAUGGAGACUGAAAAUGACCUAGAUUUAGUUACUCAUGCUCUAGCUGCAGGAGUAGAAUUUCCCGAAGGUUUAUCUCUGGAAGAAUAUGCAUCCCUAGAUGAAGAUUUGGUGGCAUGUCAAUCAGCCUCAGAUGGUGAAGUGACACGGACCAAGGAAGGUAAAACAAAUGAAAUUGACUAUUAUGCUUCUGAUGAAGAGGAUGAAGAUGGAUCUCCAGAGACCGAACUACCUUUGCCAUCAAAAAAGGAGGCAGUGACUGCUUUAGAAACUCUUAAAAAAUUUCUCAGAAGUCAAGAAAUCAGUGGCACACUUCAUGAUUCUUUAGCAGAUCUUGAAAAUUUUAUUCAGUGUUUACCAUUUAAGUAAUUAUCCAAUAAGUGCAGCUUUAAGUUCCUGACAGUUUAAAUUCAUCUCUAUUGAGGAAUCAGUAAUGGAGGUAAACAGACGCCUAUCUUCAAAAUCCCUUAUUUCAGAAACAUGAACAAAAAUGGCUCCAAGUGUAUAUUGUAGAAGUGAUGAAUAGUAUAGAGUUCUUGUAGUAAUAUGUGUGUUGCAAUAGGAUUUCUAUGAAGAAGAAAACUUGGCCUUACUUACCUCUUCAGAUAGUCUAAUGAGACUCAGUUUCUUUUGCUUACCAUGUAGCCUGAUUUUUCUCUAGGGACUUCUGAUAGAUAGAGAUAUAGAUAUAGAUGCAUGUAUGUAUAUAUACGUAUAUGUGUGUGUAUAUAUACAUACACAUAUAUGUGUAUAUAUAUAAAUAUAUAUUUUAAGUAUUAUAUGCAGAAAUUCAUUUUUGGUGAAAAUAAAUGAUACGAAGUGAGAACAACUUUGCAUUACAAUAUUGAUAUAUACACACAUGCAUGUAUGUUAUAUGACUCAUUAUUUCAAGGGUCAUUUGUAAAGAAGGGGUCAAGAUGAAGGAAUGAGUCUCCACAGUGUCUUUUUGAUAUCUGUAACAUAGUGGAGAUAGAUCUUUCCAAACUACUUUUUUAUCUAUAUUAUAUAUACAUACAGCAAGAUUGUGUAGUAUCUCCAUUAGAAAUUAUGCCAAAUUUCUUAUGGAAUUUAUUAUGCUAAGUAAUGCAACUUUCAUCAGUAUUAAAUUUGUAAAACAUAUGACACAGAUAUUUUUAUUUCUAAAAGAGAAGCUCUCACAUGCUACAAAAGAUUUCUCUAAUUUUGUCAAUAAUCACUUUUUAAAUUUAAGCAAUUAAUUUUUUUGUUUUGAUGAAAAAUGUAUUUUAAAAAAAUAUUUGAA